CUUUAAAUAGGAAGUAACUCCAGAGCUCCAGGAGUAGCCGUUGCGUACAGAAAGAGGAAAGUUUUAAUUUUUUUUUGAGGGCAAGACAGAAACGGGGAGGAUAGAGCGUGAAAUGAGGAAGCGGGAGUAGAAGCUCUUAGUGCCGGAAGACUUUCUGGGGCCGUGCUUUACCCAAAUGAUGGAACCGGACACGAUCGAUCGACAUGAUGCCCAGCACAACGGGACGGCGGGUGGCGAGCAGCUCCUGCAGGGUUAUCAGGAUGACCACUUUGAUGCCCAGAUUGAUGACUUCAUGGCCCCAAACCAGGAUUACAAUGAGGAGGAAGAGGAGCGGAAAUAUUUCCGCCGGAAGUGCCUGGCAGUGGUGAAGAACGUGGUGUUUGCCAGUCUUGGUAGCUCCCUCACCUAUGGAGUCUAUUUGGGUCUACUGCAGAUGCAGCUCAUCCUCCAUUAUGAUGAGACUUACCGGGAGGUCAAGUAUGGAAACCUGGGGCUUGAGGACAUUGACAAUAAGAUGUUGAUGGGCAUUAACGUCACUCCCAUUGUUGCCCUCCUCUACACGCCUGUCUUGAUCAGAUUCCUUGGGACGAAAUGGAUGAUGUUCCUCACCAUUGGAAUUUAUGCUCUCUUUGUGUCGACCAAUUAUUGGGAGCGAUAUUACACCCUGGUCCCAUCAGCAGUUGCCAUUGGAGCAGCCAUCGUCCCCCUCUGGGCCGCAGUGGGGAACUACAUCACCAGAAUGGCGCAGAAAUAUUAUGAAUAUGUUAAUUAUAAAGAGGACCAUGUUCUGGAACAGAAGAAACUGCCCAAAGGAGCAUCUCACCAAUAUGUCAUCAUCUUCCAGUCAAUCUUCUACUUUCUGUUUAAUCUCAGUUUUGUGUUUGCUGAGAUGCCCAUGGCCUUUUUCCUGAACCGCUAUCUCUACCAGUCCAACCACACACUCCACGCCGUCAAGCACUGCGGCACCGAGAUGAAGGGACUGAUUGAGGGUCUGAACAAGACUGUGUUAAUGAAACUGCCUCAGAGCAUCAGCCUCAUUGUGGUGGAGAGUGUCCUGAUGGCUGUUAUAUUCGUCGCUAUGAUACUGGUGCUGACUCUCUGCGGCCCCGCAUACCGGCCCACCGAGGAGAUUGAUCUGCGCAGCAUUGGCUGGGGCAACAUCUUCCAGCUACCCUUCAAACACAUGCGGGACUACCGCCUGCGGCUCCUGCUGCCCUUCUUCAUCUACAGUGGCUUCGAGGUUCUCUUUGCUUGCACAGGCUUUGCCCUGUCGUACGGUGUGUGUUCGCUGGGGCUGGAGCGUCUCGCCAAUAUCAUCAUCACCUAUGGUGUCUCUGCGUCGGCGUUCUCGCUGCUGUCUCUCUCCAUGCUGCGGGUAGCCCGCUCGGUGCCCCUGCUAUCGGGCGCCACCGUCCAGCUCGUGCUGAUCAUCACCCUCUUCUGCUGGGCCCCCAGCCCCAGGAAGACCCAGACUACCAGCCUGCUGGGGGUCUAUGGUGUGGCUGUGUUGUGGGGGCUUGGCACGGCCUUGAACAAGACCAGCCUUGCCGCUCUGUUGGGAAUGUUGUAUGAGGAUAAAGAAAGACAGGACUUCAUCUUCUCCAUCUACCAUUGGUGGCAAGCUAUUGCGAUCUUCGUAGUGUACCUCUGGUCAGGAGCCCACAUGAAGGUGAAGUUAUCGAUCAUGCUGGUGACUCUGGUCAUUGCCAUUGCCUCGUAUCUGUGGAUGGAGCGCAAGCUGGCGCGGCGGGACCCCUUCCGUCUGCCUCGUAUCCCCAAACCCCAACAUAAGACGAAGGGCUACCGCUACCUGGAGGAUGAGAAUUCCGACCAGUCUGACGAGGAGGCUGAGGCGCAGAGUAACCCCAGCGAGCCUGAGCCAGACCCAGAUCAGGAUCCACUGGACACUGACCUUUACCAGCCUGUUGACCCUGAUGUUGCUGAGGGGCAAGACUGACAGGCCCUUUGCUCAUCACAAGCUGCUGUGCUUCUUGUUUGCUGAUGUCAGUUUUUUUUUCUUUGAGCUGCUUAACUGCGUGGAUCUGAAGACCAGUUGCUGUUGUCUUCAGGUCAGGAGCAUGUUGGCAUCUUCGUUUGAAAUUAACCUAGAAUGCAGAGCAUCCCUUUCCGGUGUGAUGGUACCCAUUCAAUCAACAGUGGGAUGAUAGGUUGGGGUGAGGGUUGUCUGCGGGAUAAACUUAAACAGUGCUGACUGGUGGUGGGAGGCCUGUACUGCACUGACAGUUGACAUGACACAAUUCUGUAGACUGUUAAAAGUCACAUGAUACCAGGUUAUAGUCCAACAGAUUUAUUUGAGAUGACAAGCUUUCGGAGCAUAACCCCUUCAUCACCUGAUGCUCUGAAAGCUUGCCAUCUUAAAUAAACCUGUUGGGCUAUAACCAGGUGACAAGUGACUUCUGACUCUUUUUCAGCCCAGUCUAACACCUGCAUCUACACAUCAUGGGCUAUUACAGCCAUAGAGUUGGAAGGGAUGUUCAGCAUGGAAACUGACCCCUCGGUCCAACUCGUGCAUGUCAAUCAGAGAUCCUACAUUGAGUCCCAUUUGCCAGCAUUUGGCCCAGAUCCCACCCAGAUGCCUUUUAAAUUUUGUAACUGUACCAGCUUCCACCACCUGCCUGGCAAUUCAUUCUAUACAUACCAUUCUCUAUGGAAAAAGUUGCCCCUUAAAUCCCUCUUAAAUCUUUACCCUCUCACCUUAAACCUAUGCCCACUAGUUUUGGACUCCCUUAACCUGCGGAAAAGACCUUCAUGAUUUUACAAACUUCCUUAACAUCACCCCUCAGCCUCUGAAGUUCCAGGGAAAAUAGCCCCAGCCUAUUUAGCCUCUCCCUAUAGCUUAAAACCUCAAACUCUGGCAACAUCCUUGUAAAUCUUUUCUGAACCCUUUUUAAGUUUUACAACAUCUUUCCAAUAGCAAGGAGACUAGCAUUGAGCAUAGUAUUCGAAGAGAUACAGUAUUUUCUCCCUGUAGCAAGUGGGUGGAUAUGACAAGCAGGUUACCAUGAGGGAUGGAUGCAUGUCUGUGAAGCAAGUUUAGGACGAUAGUGGGAGAAAGUCUGCCAGGUUUGCAGAAGGGGACCUUCUAAGAAACGAUAAUAUUACUUAGACAAUCUUCAAUAAGAUUUGAGUCAGGGAGGUUGGUGCAUUAAUGAGCAGCAACAGGCAUUUUUCAGUUCAGGAAAAUCUGUCUGGUGAUAGGCCUUGGAUUGGUCAAGCUAUGCCUUGCUAUAAACUAAGGAAGCAUUUGCAGUCCCCAAGGAGAAAUCCUCUUUCUCCCUCCUCUCAAUGUGGGUGAAAUGAUGAAAGGAAAAACACGUGAAUAUCUAUCAAGUUAGUUCAGUUGCAAGUAAAGACCUAGGUCCAAUUGAUCUAUUGAUUAAAACAGCAACCAUUACUUUUAAGGUGCACCCAUGUAUCAACAUUGCUAAAAUCCAAAGAAACUGAGAUCAUUUAACCCUUCCUUGUGAUCUGGUCUCCCUGUCUUCAGGAUUUUAUUUUCCACGUCUAUAUUUACCACACCUAAGGCACAGUUUGACACAUCAUUUGAGAAUGAUCGAUUGUGUAAAUGAGUAAUUGGCAUUUCAAAGGGGUGUAGGUCAAGUCCAAUUGUAAUAGAUCAUUAGUCAUUUUGUCUGCCAUCUGUUAAAUAAUUGUGUUUAAAAUAAAGCAUUAUUUUGUAUAAAUGA